UGCAGGUCUGCCUCUUGGUGCUUAUCACUUUCUGGACGCUCUUCCUCUGAGCAGGUGUCUGUCUCCUGGCGGAUUUGGUAGUAGCGGGCAUGGCUGAGGGUGUGAAGGGGAGGAUUUUUGGCAGCCAGCAUGGGAGCCAGCCAUGGAUGUGGCAGAUUCCUGAGCAGGAAGGAUGACAUCGGAGGCUGCUGUCUCCUCACCUCCUGCCAUAAGCAGCACCCCUGCCAAGAGGGACUACUACUGGCUUCGCUCCUUUGCAGCUGGAGGUGUAGCAGGAUGCUGUGCCAAGACCACCAUCGCUCCUCUGGACAGAGUCAAGAUUCUUCUUCAAGCCCAGAACCCGCAUUACAAACAUCUAGGAGUGUUGUCCACUCUAAAAGCUGUGCCGCAGAAAGAAGGCUUCCUUGGCUUGUACAAGGGUAAUGGGGCAAUGAUGGUCAGGAUAUUUCCUUAUGGAGCCAUCCAGUUCAUGGCCUUUGACAAUUAUAAAAAGCUGCUAAGCAAACACAUCGGAACCUCUGGGCACAUCCACCGCCUUGUGGCAGGAUCUAUGGCAGGGAUGACUGCGGUGAUAUGCACGUACCCUCUGGAUGUGAUCCGAGCCAGACUGGCCUUCCAGGUGACAGGAUAUCACCGCUACACUGGAAUUGCCAAUGCCUUCCACACCAUCUACCUUAAGGAGGGGGGGGUCUUGGGCUUCUAUAGAGGACUUACUCCAACACUGAUUGGAAUGGCCCCUUAUGCAGGUUUCUCAUUCUUCACCUUUGGCACCCUGAAGAGCCUCGGCUUGAAGCAUUUCCCAGAGCUGCUGGGACGCCCCUCCUCAGACAACCCUGAUGUCCUCAUUCUGAAACCCCAGGUUAACCUGCUCUGUGGAGGGGUUGCUGGUGCCAUCGCUCAGACAAUAUCGUACCCCUUGGACGUGGCUAGGAGAAGAAUGCAGUUGGGGUCCGUGCUUCCUGACUCAGAGAAAUGUGUAACGCUGAGCAAGACCCUGACGUAUGUGUAUAAGAAGUAUGGGAUCAAGAAGGGAUUGUACCGAGGCCUUUCUCUCAACUACAUCCGCUGUGUCCCCUCCCAGGCUGUGGCCUUUACCACCUACGAGUUCAUGAAGCAGUUCCUCCACCUGAACUAGUCGCUGUUUUUUUUUUUUUAAUACCUUCCAAGUCUGGACCUGGGCCUGCACGCUCCAAAUCAUCAACCUCAAUGCUUCCUUCGUAGAGUCAUCUGAGGCUUUAUCGCUAUGUCUUAAACAAUUUGGAGUUCACUGAAGGUACCACAGAAGUCACUUCAUGCUGAAAUAGGGAAACUGGAUAUCAGACAGUGAGGCGCUCCAUGUCUGUCCUGUUUCAUUCCCUCGUGCUCCGUGUUUUUCGUGACUAGCUACCUCUUAACGAGAGGAUUUAUUGUAGAGCAACAUCCUCAUCAAUGUCUCCAUUGGAUACUGCGAUGAUGUGCUAUAUUUGGUCUGGCUAGGUUAGUUGGAUGGGUUGGGGCACUGAUAUGCUCUUUAACAGUGUUGUUGGCAACACCACAACAACCGUGUGAUUGUGUAGAAGCCCCCCAAUUCACACAGCAAACACAGAUGUCGACACGCUUAAGAUGGACACCAUCUUAAAAUCAUCAAAUUAUCAAUUUAUUUUUAAUCAGUGUCUUUACAAAGAAGGGAACUCGUGUUAUUAAUUUAUUUGAAUAGUGUAUCACCCAUGGAAACUUAAAUUCUUUAUUGUUUAUCGUCUACUUUUUUACCGACUUCGUGAUGAAAGGUUUGGCUCUUGUGGAAGAGAUGGCUAGAAUUUAAAAAUAAUCAGAUAAUUCAUAAUGUUUUGCUUAGUCAGGGCUUAGUGUGUCUUUAAAUGUACAGGUUUGGGGUGCAGUAAGUGCAGUAACUUUAGGAAAAGCUGCUGUUGGUGUGUCUUUGCAUUUGUCCUCUACUUCACAAAUCAUAAAAUCCAGAUAUAACAGUUCACUGGCAGGUUUUUUUUUUUUUGUUUUUGUUUUUUUAAAGAUGCACUGACCGACGUGGCACAUGAUUUCAGUUUAAAUUUUAUUGCCAAACCUUGAAUAGAGCAGUUAUUGUAUAUAAUUUAAAUUGCUAUUUUUUGUGUUGGUUAACAUGCACUCAGAUGUUUAGUCUGUAGCUUUGAUGAUAUUGAAUCCAUGCUCAGCUGUGAUCAGAGAGAUAUUUUGAGUUGAUAAGAGUGUUUAAAAUGUCAGCAUUUUGAUGUAAUAUGGAUUUAGGUCUCACAUGUCUGCAGGGACUCAGGAGAAAUUUGCACUUCAUCACUGUAGCUUUUUAAUUUUAUUUAUUGAUUUAGCAACCUGUUGCCACUGGGUGGCAGCAUUGAAUAUAGAUUGUAUUGUUUACCAUCAGAGCUGGACACAACAUUCAUAGAAAUGUCUUAGAUUUCUUAUCAAAUACAAGUCAGAUUAGGAUCUUUAUGAUUUUUUUAAUGUUUUGCUUUAACCAAAGCAAGUUGUCAGAAAAUGAGUAUAAUAUAUGCAGUGUUUUUAACCCAGUUCAGCCAACAUUUUCGACUAUUCACUGGAGCUACUGUAAGGCUGUUGCCCCAGAAAGACUGAACAUUGAUUACUGAAUGAAAGUGUUGUUUAAUCACUUUCAAUCUCAAGUGCACCGCAGGCCAGCUGCUGCCAGUGUUUGCAUGAGCCUCAUCAGUUUGUUGGAUAAGCAUUGUUAUUUUUUUCUGCCUCUUGCCUUCCACUUCAUUCGAUGUCUUACUUCACCAGAGUGACGCUUCAGUUGAUGCCUCAGCUUUUAGAUCACUGUAUAUGAAUUGGGGGCGAGCAGAUGCCUUAGAACAAUGUUUUUUGUUUUUUUUUAACCUUUUUGUCUACAUAUGACCACUCAUUACAGUAUUUUUUACCUCUAAUAUUCUCAGACUGUGACCUUUGGAGAGCUUAAAAAGUAAAACUACCCAAUAUUUCACAAAACAGCAGAAAUUAGAGGAAAUUCCCAACAAUUUUUUAUCACAUUAAAUUCUUUUUUUUAGGGACAAUCUGGUAAUUCUGUCCACUUGACCCACCAAAUUUUUUUUGAAAAGUCUACGAUGUACCCUGGGACACCUAAUUACUAGGUGAAGUCACAUUUACCCAAUUCACCUCCAACCCUCCCUCUGAAACAGUCAGCUGUCAGCAGUGUGGACAGAGUGGAGUAUGAAAGAUUGUGGGCGUGCAAAUGAGAGUAGCUGUUGUAUGAAUACCUCUACCUCUACACUGUUAAUUCUGUUUGUGGCAAAUUUACACCUUCCCUGGUAUCAUCCACUGCCUCUGCUACUUGCUGAAUUCUCACUAGGCUAAGCUCGCAGUUCAAACGGCUCUGAACUGUCUGUCCGUCAGUGAAGGCGGAGACUGCAGUCAUUGCUUUCAGUUUAGGCCAGUAAAGAAGAUGCUUUGACCGAGAGUUACACAUGGACUUACCAUUCUAUGAAUACUAAGUGACCAUUAAUCUAAACAUUAAAGCAUCUCAAACUGGCUGAAAAGUGUCGUUUUUUCCCCCCUUGGAGGUACAAAACUGAAACUUAAUGGCGAGCCAAGGGCCAAAAGCAAAUCUUUGAAGAAGAAGAAGAAGAUUUCACUCUUUUUUUUUUAUUUUUAUGCACACUUCAUGCACA